AUCCUAACCUUGUUCCCACAUUAAUCCUCCGCCGAGAUUCCUUUUGUCUUCAUCUUCUUCUUCUUCUUCUUCUUCUUCUUCUUCUUCUCCAUUUCGAUUCCAAAGAUGAUGAGAGAUGUAUUCAGGCCGACCAAAUCAGCCCCUUGUUCUCCUGCAAAGCCACUUGGUAUCUCUCGGACUCAAUCUGAAUCAUUUCAUGCUAUCCACAAAGUUCCUGUCGGAGACAGUCCUUAUGUCAGAGCAAAGAAUGUUCAGUUGGUGGAGAAGGAUCCAGAGAGAGCAAUUCCUCUGUUUUGGAAGGCCAUUAAUGCUGGAGAUAGAGUGGACAGUGCUUUGAAAGACAUGGCUAUUGUGAUGAAGCAACAAAACCGCGCUGAAGAAGCCAUUGAAGCUAUUAAAUCACUCAGAGUUAGAUGUUCAGAUCAAGCCCAGGAAUCUCUCGACAAUAUCCUCUUAGAUCUCUACAAGAGGUGUGGGAGAUUAGAUGACCAGAUUGGACUUCUGAAACAUAAGCUCUUCUUGAUACAGAAAGGACUCGCCUUUAAUGGUAAACGAACCAAAACGGCUAGAUCUCAAGGCAAGAAGUUUCAAGUCUCUGUGGAGCAAGAAGCCACUCGGUUACUGGGAAACUUGGGAUGGGCUCUGAUGCAAAGAGACAAUUUUGUGGAAGCUGAAGAUGCAUACAGGAGAGCUUUAUCUAUAGCACCGGACAACAACAAAAUGUGCAACCUUGGUAUCUGCCUUAUGAAGCAAGGAAGGAUCGAUGAGGCCAAAGAGACUUUACGACGUGUGAAACCAGCGGUUGUUGAUGGUCCUAGAGGUGUGGAUUCGCAUCUUAAAGCUUACGAGAGAGCGCAACAGAUGCUGAAUGAUCUUGGAUCUGAGAUGAUGAGAAGAGGAGGAGAUGAUAAGGUUGAACAAAGAAGGCUCUUUGAUGCAAUCUUUGGAUCUUCCUCUAUAUGGCAGCCUCAGCCUUGUAGUGAGCAGAACGUGAAGCCCAAAUCUAAGCCUGGUUUGAGCAAUGGUGAUGGAUUCGGUGAUGAGAACGUGAAGAUGAGUGUGAAUCCACCAGUAGUAGUAAACCCAUUAAGGGUUGAUGCAAAACCGUUCUUCUCUUCAAAGUUGAUCAUCAGUAACAACGAGAAGCUGAAGAGAACGAGAUCGUCGAGCCAAGAGUUGGGGAUAUUGAGUGGUGGUGGUGGUGAUGAUCAUGAAGGAGAGACAAACACAAGCACAAGAAGGAGAUUGUCAAUGGAGAAGAAAGCAACAGACUGUGGAUUACCAGACAACAAAGACUUUGAAGAUGCGAUUUUGGCUGCUGUUUUGGGAACAGAAACCAAAGUGGACAAGAAGAGGCUCAAGGUGUUCCAGGAUAUCACUUUGUGUAUCAAUCAGAAUCUCUAACCACUCUUACUUAUUUUUUAUCAGUCUAAUUUUUAUAAUUCUUAAGUCUAGUGAAGGAAGCAAAAAGGGAGAUGAGCUUAAUUCUUCUUGGUAAUUUAUUAAUGUUUUUGUCAGCUUAAAGUUGCUGCCAUUUUUUUUUUCACAAUUAUUGUCUUAAUUGACCAGUAAUAAAAGUUGAAGUUAUUAGUUUC